AUGCUCAGAGCGAUAGCCUCCAAGGAGCCCUCAGACAAAACACAACCAGCCGUGAGGUGUUACGCUUUCUCCUGACAUCCACGACCACAAAGCCACUUAAAAACCAGAGCAGCACUUGUUCAAGGGCGCUAUUAUCAGCUUUCCUUUCAGCUUGGUGGAUAUUUUUGGAGGGUUGCACAAAAAACCCUUGAGGAGAGGCUUUGACUGGAGCAGUUACUGGGAAUUUUUUUUCUUAAAUAAGUGAAUAAAACUGUUUUUUGGGGACGACAUGGCACUGCGGCAGAAUUCAGACAAGGAGCCGAGCAUUGAGCUGUUCAUUAAGGCUGGUCACGAUGGCGAGAACGUGGGGAACUGCCCCUUCUGCCAGAGACUCUUCAUGGUGCUAUGGCUGAAAGGAGUCAAGUUUACGGUGACCACGGUCGACAUGAGGAAGAAGCCAGCAGAGCUCAAGGACCUGGCCCCAGGGACUAAUCCUCCUUUCCUCCUCUACAACGGCACCCUGAAAACAGACUUCAUCAAAAUCGAGGAAUUUCUUGAGCAAACAAUAGCCCCUCCCAGGUAUCCUCAUCUCAGCCCGCUAAACAAAGAGUCCUUUGACGUCGGUGCUGACAUUUUUGCAAAGUUCUCUGCUUUCAUCAAGAACAGUCCAAACAACGCCUUUCAUGAGAGAAACCUGCUGCGGGAGUUCAAGCGUCUGGAUGACUAUCUGAACUCUCCCCUUCCCGAGGAGAUCGACCACAACUCAACUGAAACCAUCACCGUCUCCAAGAGGAAGUUUCUCGACGGCGACCGCCUCACUCUAGCCGACUGCAACCUGCUGCCCAAACUGCAUGUUAUUAGGGUUGCUGCCAAGAAGUACUGCGAUUUUGAAAUCCCUGCCGAGUUUACAGGCGUGUGGCGAUACCUUCAAAACGCCUACGAGAGAGAGGAGUUCAAACAGACGUGUCCAGCCGACAUUGAGAUUGAGAAGGCUUACUUCACUGUGGCCAACAAGGGAAAAUAAACCUUGUAAUAUCUGUAAUUCAUGUCCUAUCAUGUCUAUUCAUGUUACUUAUCUGUAGAGGGUGCUACAACCUACAAGAAUAAACUAGCGAGAACACUUUAAUCAGUCACUAUUUCACAUCAGAAGCUCUGAUCUUGUUGUUGCAGCUGGACUUGAGGUCACACAAAAACAAUAUGUUUUAUUGGUUGUAUGUUUUGACUGUUUUUCCAAAGUCAUUCAUAAACAAAUGGUAUUUUUAUGCCACACUGCAAAGACCCGACGUGCAAUUGAUUGUUGAUAUAAUUUAGCACAUUUGUUUUGUUUAUAGUGUAAAUAUUUUUUUUUCAUGCUUUUAUGAUCAAAAACACCCUUAUCGAAAUAUAAAUGAUUGCAUUAGUGUGUGCAGCAGCUGCAGAAACCUUCACAAACUGUUCAUUUUCAUGCAAAAUAUCAAAUACACUUCUGUAUCUCACUCUGUACAAAUACAGUUUGAUAAGAUAAAAUAGUCUCACUGUCACACUAAUAAAAAUAUCAAAUUCA